CAUGAUGUAUUUGAAUCUUUACUGUACUGCUCUCAAUGUGUAUAGGGCUACAUUUCCAUAUAGCUGUUGGUGUGUUUGUCAGUGUUCAUAUUGACGUGUGUUUCUCUCUAGAUGAGCAUGUGAGUUCUGAGGAGAAGAAGAGGAAGCAUCGUCGUAACAGAACAACCUUCAACAGCAGUCAGCUGCAGGCACUAGAGAGAGUGUUUGAGAGGACACACUACCCUGACGCCUUCGUACGGGAGGACCUGGCACGCAGGGUUAACCUCAUUGAGACACGGGUACAGGUGUGGUUUCAGAACAGGAGGGCUAAGUUCCGUCGUAACGAGCGUGCUAUGCUAGCCAGUAAAAAUUCCUCCAUGAUGAAGUCCUACUCUCGUGACCUCACGUCAGUGGAGCAGCCAAUCGCACCUCGACCCAACGACUACCUGUCCUGGGGCUCCUCUUCACCCUACAGUGCCAUGGCAGCGUACCCCCCCACCUGUUCCCCCACCACCUCAGCCCAGGGGAUGAACAUGGCUAACAGCAUCGCUAACCUCCGGCUCAAAGCCAAGGAGUACAGCCUCAACCAGGUGCCGACUGUCAACUGAUGA